AUCUCAGAGAGACUCAGAGAGAGAGAGAGACAGAGAGAGAGACAGAGAGACAGACAGACAAACAGAGAGAGACAGACAGACAGAGACAGAGAGAGAGACAGACAGAGAGACAGACAGAGAGACAGACAGACAAAGAGCCUGGGAGACAGACAAAGAGCCUGGGAGACAGACAAAGACAGACAGACAGACAGUAUGUCUCCCUCCCAGUCCUCCCUACUACUGCUACUGCUGAUGGUCUCCUGCUCCUGGGCCUCCCACUUUUUAGGAGGAACCAUGACCUUCAACCCCAGAGAGACCAACCCAGACGGAACCUACAGGGUGGACCUUGAUUACAAGACAACCUUCCACUCUACCGUCUGCCUAACUGAUACCUGGUAUUGUAUCAGUGAGGACUGUGGGAAUGAGAUCAGUUUAGUGGUUAACAUCGUGGACCAGGGGAUAUCUGAGGACUGGUGUCAGACAGAGGGAGUCAUGACUAGACACGUCUCCAAUAACACACAGACCUUUGAUCUGCUAUUGGAUAGCGGAAACUGGAUAGAUAAUGAUAAUUAUGUUAGUGCUUGGAGGCUGUGGACUCAUGUGGAUCUUGGGGUCAGGUCUGACACGACGACAGUCAACCGAUCUCCACAGACCACUGUCAUGCCUCUGAUGCGUGUCCCUGCUAAUUGUCCAAGAGAUUUCAACCUGUUGUCGUUUGAUCCAGACGGGGAUGAGGUCAGAUGCAGAUAUGCAGUACCAACGAAUGAGUGUGUCACAUCAAGUGACCUUCCUAAUGACUUCACUCUAAGAGAGAACUGCACCUUGUCAUUUUGGGGCAACAGUAAUACCACUAGAACAUAUGCAGUUCAGUUAGUGAUGGAAGAUUUCCCGACUCAGUCCAUCUCUCUCUCCUAUACUGACGGAUCUCAAUCUAUCAGGACCUCAAACAACACACUCUGCAAACUACCUGUUCAGUUUGCAGUGAGAGUGGACCCCCCGGUGACAUCCUGUAUGGAGGGGUUGUACCUACCCAUGUUCCUGUCUCCAACACCAGCCCAGGGUGCACUGCUCUACGCCUCUGCAGACCAACCCCUGGAAAUCACUGUCAGAGCACAGGCUACCCAGUCCACGGUUUCAGAGCUGUUGGUGAGUGGACCUUCCAGUAUCACAGAGAACACCACUGUCCCAGGAGAGUACCUUCUAAGAUGGACGCCCACUGAGGAUGAGGAGGGAGGGUACUAUCCUGUGUGCUUCAUCGCUCAGGGAGUGAACGACAAUUCCACGUAUCACUCUGAGCUGCGCUGUCUGAUCGUCAGGGUUGGAAACACAAGUGCCAUCAGAACCACAGAGGAACCAACACCCUCCCCUCCCCUGACAAUAAAUCUCACAACCACAGAGGAACCAACACCCUCCCCUCCUCUGACAAUAAACCUCACAACCACAGAGGAACCAACACCCUCCCCUCCUCUGACAAUAAACCUCACAACCACAGAGGAACCAACACCCUCCCCUCCUCUGACAAUAAACCUCACAACCACAGAGACACCAACAACCUCCCCUCCUCUAACAACAAACCUCACGACCACACAGAUUUCACCUGCACUUCCAAAUACCACCCAAACAACUACUGAACUCACAACCACACCCACAAAUGUCAGUACGUACGCACCCACAACUACCAAUGUGACCACAACUACCACAGCAUCCACAACUUUAAGUACACACCCAACCACCGAUCUCACAACCGAUAUUGUGGACGGUACAACAACGAGCAGUGUGCCUAGAUACGUUGUUGUACUGAGGAUAAAACUGUCCUCUCUGAUCGCACUCACAGAUGAUUACAUCAGAAACGUGGUUUUACAGCAGCUCCGUGAGGAACUGAUCAGACAAGGGCUGCCAGGGGACUUCGCGCUACGCCUGAGAGCCACUCAUGGGAUCAGUUCCUGAGGGAGGAACAGGAAUUCAGAUCAACUUUGAUCACUCCUACUUGUCUUUUCUUCCUGGUUCUGAUUCUGCAGAAAGUUCUUCUGAAGAAGAAGUGGUUCCUUAUAAUGACAGAAUAUGGUUGAUUUGUACUAAUCUCUUGGGACAGACGCACGUAAAAUAAAUGAUGAUAUUUGUUCUGGAUUGCCAGGAUUAGUUGAAUGGACUGACUACUUCUGACUGGAUGUUAGUUAAAUGGACUGACUACUUCUGACUGGAUGUUAGUUAAAUGGACUGACUACUUCUGACUGGAUGUUAGUUAAAUGGACUGACUACUUCUGACUGGAUGUUAGUUAAAUGGACUGACUACUUCUGACUGGAUGUUAGUUGAAUGGACUGACUACUUCUGACUGGAUGUUAGUUGAAUGGACUGACUACUUCUGACUGGAUGUUAGUUGAACGGACUGACUACUUCUGACUGAAUGUUAGUUGAAUGGACUGACUACUUCUGACUGGAUGUUAGUUGAAUGGACUGACUACUUCUGACUGGAUGUUAGUUGAAUGGACUGACUACUUCUGACUGGAUGUUAGUUAAAUGGACUGACUACUUCUGACUGGAUGUUAGUUGAAUGGACUGACUACUUCUGACUGGAUGUUAGUUAAAUGGACUGACUACUUCUGACUGGAUGUUAGUUAAAUGGACUGACUACUUCUGACUGGAUGUUAGUUGAAUGGACUGACUACUUCUGACUGGAUGUUAGUUGAAUGGACUGACUACUUCUGACUGGAUGUUAGUUGAAUGGACUGACUACUUCUGACUGGAUGUUAGUUGAAUGGACUGACUACUUCUGACUGGAUGUUAGUUGAAUGGACUGACUACUUCUGACUGGAUGUUAGUUAAAUGACUAAAAUGUAAAUGUUUUAUGUCCAGAAGAAGAAAUACAACAUUAAUAUGUUUUUUAACGUACAGAGGUAGACUGGGGUUCUUUCCUGUUUGGUAAUGUACAGAGGUAGACUGGGGUUCUUUCCUGUUUGGUAACGUACAGAGGUAGACUGAGGUUCUUUCCUGUUUGGUAACGUACAGAGGUAGACUGGGGUUCUUUCCUGUUUGGUAACGUACAGAGGUAGACUGGGGUUCUUUCCUGUUUGGUAACGUACAGAGGUAGACUGGGGUUCUUUCCUGUUUGGUAACGUACAGAGGUAGACUGGGGUUCUUUCCUGUUUGGUAAUGUACAGAGGUAGACUGGGGUUCUUUCCUGUUUGGUAACGUACAGAGGUAGACUGGGGUUCUUUCCUGUUUGGUAAUGUACAGAGGUAGACUGGAGUUCUUUCCUGUUUGGUGAUGUACAGAGGUAGACUGGGGUUCUUUCCUGUUUGGUAAUGUACAGAGGUAGACUGAGGUUCUUUCCUGUUUGGUAACGUACAGAGGUAGACUGGGGUUCUUUCCUGUUUGGUAACGUACAGAUGUAGACUGGGGUUCUUUCCUGUUUGGUAAUGUGCAGAGGUAGACUGGGGUUCUUUCCUGUUUGGUGAUGUACAGAGGUAGACUGGGGUUCUUUCCUGUUUGGUAAUGUACAGAGGUAGACUGGGGUUCUUUCCUGUUUGGUGAUGUACAGAGGUAGACUGGGGUUCUUUCCUGUUUGGUAAUGUACAGAGGUAGACUGGGGUUCUUUCCUGUUUGGUGAUGUACAGAGGUAGACUGAGGUUAUUUCCUGUUUGGUAAUGUACAGAGGUAGACUGGGGUUCUUUCCUGUUUGGUGAUGUACAGAGGUAGACUGAGGUUAUUUCCUGUUUGGUAACGUACAGAGGUAGACUGGGGUUCUUUCCUGUUUGGUAACGUACAGAGGUAGACUGAGGUUCUUUCCUGUUUGGUAAUGUACAGAGGUAGACUGAGGUUCUUUCCUGUGUCAAGAAUAGUUGGUUGAGGCUCAGUUUUCUGUGACAUUUUAGUGACAGAGGACACCGGUAGGUAGGACCCACUUGUAAACACCCACACACACUCAGGAAGACGUUUCACUUUCACUCACACAUGGAACAUAAAGAAGAAUGAACAAUGAGGUUGAAUUGACACUGACGAAAGAGAAGAAAUUAACUGACUGACGAAAGAGAAGAAGAAAUGAAUUGGGACUGGAAUUGAUUGAAAUCCUAAUUAAAGGUUAAACAUAUUAAAUGUUAAAGGUUGAAAACAUUGGGAGAUAUUAAAGGUGUUAAAAUAAUGCAGGUAAAGGUAAAGAGAGUUAUAAUGUAGUUUUCUUUAAGUUGUGAAUCAUAUAGACUGUGUUUGAUUCUGCUUAGAGGACAAGGCCUUAGGAGGUUGAUAACGAGACGUUAUAAUGGUCAAAUGUUAUAAUGUUGAAAUGUUUAAAAUAUUGAAGUAUUAAAAUAUAACUGGAGUAAUAAAUUAGGUUGUAGUAAGAUUAGAAUUGAGUAAAGGUCGUUUGAAAAAUUUAUGUUUUAAGAAGUUGAUGUUAAUGAAGUAUAGUAAAGGUGCUAGCUUGAUCUGGAAAUCCCUUAAUGUUACCUCAUUGAUAGAAGUGUUCUAGUACACUCUAGGUGGAACCCUUAAUGUUACCUCAUUGAUAGAAGUGUUCUAGUACAUUCUAGGAGGAACCAUUAAUGUUACCUCAUUGAUAGAAGUGUUCUAGUACAUUCUAGGAGGAACCAUUAAUGUUACCUCAUUGACAGAAGUGUUCUAGAACAUUCUAGGAGGAACCCUUUAGGUUACCUAAUUGGUAGAAGUGUUCUAGAACAUUCUAGGAGGAAUCCUAUAGGUUACCUCAUUGGUAGAAGUGUUCUAGUAGCUGUUAGUUUUUUAGACACCAACUGAGGGACUGAGCAUCCUGAGGGGGGAGACAAAAAUCUGUUUAUAAGUUGUAGAAGGUAAGAACGUGUUUUUCUUGUUAUUAAAUACAGUGCUUCUCAUUAAAUUGUGAAAAAAAAUAUAUAAUAUUGGUAGACCCUAAUAAGGGUUUAGUUAAGGGUUUAGUUAAGGGCGCUCAAUUUAAUCCAAGGAAAUGUUUUGCUUAUCAUCGAUUGGUGAUAUUGAUUUGUGAUUGGUUGAUCGAGGGUUUUUUAUGCCUGUUUCUGGAAUUUUGAAUAAACUUGCUUUAUUGUUCU